GCUAAACUCCAGUUGUUUUUAAAUUUGCUAUGUACCUUACUCUCUAAUCAUUACGUAUGAUAAAAAGAGCAUUGCUCUUCUCUUUCAGAUUGAUGGAAAACUACACCUACAACAGUUUCAUACUUCAGCUGGAGGGCUUAAAUGUUUCCAAAGAAUCUACCUACCCAGUCUUUCUUUUCUUCUUCUUCUCCUAUCUGUUUAUACUGGUUGCAAAUGUAGGCAUUGUCAUUUUGAUUUUCAUUGACAAAAACCUCCACCAGCCUAUGUACCUGCUGUUUUGCAACCUGCUAUUAAAUGACAUAAUUGGAAACUCUAUCAUGGUUCCCCGUUUGCUUAUAGACAUGCUGCGUCCACCCUCUGAGCGCCUCAUGAGCUACUAUGAGUGUGUUCUUCAAGCUUUUACCUCACACAUGUUUGGUACUGCCAGUCUCACAGUGCUCAUGAUUAUGGCCUUUGACAGAUAUGUGGCCAUCUGUAAUCCUCUGCGUUACGCUGCCAUAAUGACCAACAAAAUGGUGAUCAAGCUGACAGUGGCUGCAUGGGGAGUGGCCUUUGUUAUGGUCGGGAUUCUGCUCGGUCUGACCAUCAGGCUGAACCGAUGCAGGACUCUGAUCAUGAAUCCUUACUGUGACAACGCCUCACUGUUUAAACUGUCCUGUGAUAAUGUGUUUAUUAAUAAUGUCUAUGGCCUCACGUUCACUGUGGUGCUGUUCUCAGCUUCUAUAGGCUCCACGGUUCUCACCUACACAAAGAUCACUGUCGUCUGUCUGACCAGUAACAACAAGUCUCUGAACAGUAAAGCCUUGAAGACCUGCAGCACUCACCUUGUCCUGUAUCUGAUCAUGAUGUUUAGUGGAAUGUCACUUAUUGUUCUGCAUCGCUUCCCUCAGUUCUCAGACUACAGAAAACUCUCUAGUGUUUUGUUUCAUAUCAUCCCAAGCAGCCUCAACCCAAUUAUUUACGGAGUGCAGUCCAAAGAAAUGCGAAAAUUCUUGUUAAAAUUGUUUGAGCACAAGAAAAUUUUCCCAUCAUGA